GUUAGACAAGCAUUUAUAGACCGAGCUCAAACACCUUAAUCCGACCGAUCUAGUAUCAUCAUCAACUCAUAAUCCCAAGAACAUUCAACACUAUCAUUUGAACUUCAAUCAACCUUUCCUUCAUCAUGCGUCUUCUUGGCGCACCAGUCCUCCUCGCUCUCAUCGCUGGAGCGAAUGCCCUUCCCGUUGCUGACAAACGGGAUGCCGAUGCUGAGGCAGGAGGCCAUCCACCUCCCCCAGCAGACUAUGGAAGCUAUGCUCCAUACAAGUCCUACGCCCCGUACACUAGCUACGGAAGCUACAAACGGGAUGUGAACGAGGCCAAGAGGGGUGACCAUCCCCCUCCUCCACAUGAUGGAUACGGCAGUUACGCCCCAUACGACACUUACGCGCCCUACAAGAGCUACGGCAACUACAAGCGGGACGCUGAUGGCACUCCGCCUCCUGAGGGCGGGUAUGGGAGCUACGUGCCCUACAAGUCAUAUGCCCCGUACAAGAGCUAUGGCAACUACAAACGCGAUGCCGAUGGCUCUGCGCCUGAAGACGGGUAUGAAAGCUACGUGCCAUACAAGAGUUACGGCGACUACAAGCGGGAUGCUGAUGGCGAAGACGGAUACGAGAGCUACGUGCCAUACAAGUCUUACGCCCCGUACAAAGACUACAAGACUUACAGACGUGAUGGUGGCGAUGAUCCCCCUCCUGAGGGCGGAUAUGAAAGCUACGUCCCGUACAAGUCCUACGGCGACUAUAGUCAUGAUGUGGAAAUCCAGGGUAAAGAUUCCUAGAUUGGCCAUGAGAGUGGCACAAUGGGGUUCUGUCAAAAGUAGCCACCGCCAACGUGUCUUGGUUAAAUUUUAGGUGGUUAUGCGAUUGAGUGGAUAGUGAGUGCAAAAGAACGAGGUGGAUCUUGACUAAUUGAUCUUUUUGGUCCCGUAUUGUUUUGCUGUUUGAUGCUCGUCGACAAUGGGAGAGGUUGAAAAUGGGGAUAUUUCAAUUGGUAGUAUGAAGUUUCACGUAAAGUAAUUAUUGGUUCGCUCCGUUUUAUCCUGUUACUUCUACA